AAGAAAAUCAUGAACAAACAAAGGAAAGUCAGUGACUACACUCUGCUUUGUCUUUUGGCUCUCAUCUUUCCUGGCUCUAGUAGAGUUUGGGUACUUCAGAACGCCUACCAAGAUCUCUAUCAAGUGGGGGAUGCAGCGGUUAUACAGUGCAAAGUAGAUUCUGAUCAGGAGAAAGUUGGGAAGUGCACAUUCAAGUGGACUAUUCCAAAUCCAAAAGAAGAUAGCACAAAUGAUAUACUGUAUGCUGAGAAAUAUGAUCAGCGUAUCAGACUACAAUCAUUUAAUGACACAUUCACAACACUGACUCUGAGAAACCUGUCCGUGAAUGACAAUGACAGUAUAAAAUGUAUUGCAUUUUGCUAUGUGGGCAAAAUUUUUAGUCGCAUAGAUGGUGAUGGAAUUUCUCUUCAAAUUUCAGACAAAAAACUUGGAUGGGAUAUGACAGAAAAAACCCAGACAGUGAGCACUGAAAUGAUAACAGCUGGAUUUGACGAAUCGCAAUCAUCUCUGUCGUGGAUCAACUUUCUGCUCAUCAGCAUAAAUAUUGUGGUGUUUCUUGUAAUCACUUUCAUCUGUAUUUCUCUAGUAAAAUUCAAAACGAAAUGGAAGAACUAAUUUUGCAAGCCUCUCUAAUGCUUAGCAUUACAUAAUAGUGUACUUAGUUUCUACUGAUAAAUACAUCAUUAAUGUUGUCUUGUGGCUUUGAACACACACACACACACACACACACACACACACAAUAUAUAUAUAUGCAUGCAUAUGCAGAGCAUUUAACCACUUCCUGUUUCAAAUAAAGGCCUGUGACAG